CAAAGCUUAGCUGCUCCCAGAUAAGACCUAAGGCGGCCAUUAGCCGUCCACCACGUCCUUCCAUUCCCCUGCUCGAAACCGCCUCACCAUCCCCGUCUGUCCUCGCGGAAGAUGACCAGUUAGUUCCUUCUACCGUCUUGCUGGGAGAUGCCAUGCGAUCCAUCAAUGGAGGCCAAUGCUAACCGUCGACUUUCCUACGCCGCUCAUCCCGACUACGUCCAUAAUGCUCCCGUUAGCUACAGGCAGGAGAUGGUGCUGCCUCUCCUCACCGGGCCUGCUGGCCGGGCUGCGUCCGCAAGCAUCACCGCUACGGACUUCCCAGGAAUCAUCCAGCAGCAGAGAUCAGCGUCGUAUUCUGCGGCGAGUACUGCCAGCUACCAGGGCGUGGGUCGGGAAGCGGGCACGCGAGCAAAUGCCCAUGCCCAUGCCCCUGACACAACAACAACAACAUCAUCAUCAUCAUCAAUAACAGCAACAAAACCGCGCAAACCACGAAAUAAACCCAGUCAUACUAACCGCGAUGCGUCGGCCAAAAGACAAUCUCUCUUCUGGGUUCACAGUGACCCUCAGUCGGUGGCGGAGGGCGCGAAGGAAGACACCCUCAAGCGCAUCCGCUCUCAUGUCAUGGCCGAGCACAAUCGCAUGAAGCGACUGGAAAACACCAGGCGCCACAAGAGCCAGACUUGGGAUCGCAUGGGCUUCCAGUCGACAGAAGCCAUGGCUGUCGAUGAUGCCGAUUCUCCUCCGCAAAGACCACCACGUUUAGAUUCAAUAAGCGCUCUAGACUUACCACCUUCUUGCUCUUCCACUUCUUCUUCGCCGCCUAUUUUGGAUGUUGACACCGCCGCCAAUGGUGCUGUGGCGACACAGAACGAGCUCGUCAAGAGCUCUCCUUCUAGCAGCUUUGGAAUUAGCACGUCUUCGCCUGACCGACGGUCCUCAACUGCUGUGACUUCUCCAUGGUCAUACGUCGGUCACGGGUCUGUUGAUCCCUUUAAUUCAUUGCACACGCAGCUGUCUGAGCGCAUGCUGCGGCAUCUUCAAUGCUUCUUAUUCGAAUUGACUGUAAUGGCAUGCCCAUUGAGCCCUCAUCGCGCGAACAUAUUGCGGGCUCACUGGGCGUCGCUCGUGCAGCGUGGUCCAGCACCACUGCAUGCUAUUAUAUGCGUCGCUUCAUCUCACGCGGCACUACUAUCGGGAGAGCUUCAGUCGGCCGACCCAAACCAGCAAUGGGCAAGUCCGCUUGUUGUAGAUACGUAUCAUCACCGGGGUGAAACGAUCAGACUGGUGAACGAGGGCUUAUCAGAUCCGGACAAAGCUGCGAGUGAUGAAUUGAUUGCAGCUGUUUCCACGUUGUUAACAAUUGAGAUAUCUUCUGGAAAUACUGAUUAUUUGAAAAUACAUCUUGCUGGAUUGAGACAGAUGAUCACCAUUAGAAAUAACUUUGCAGACCUCCCACCGAUGGUACGCGAACAGAUAUCAUGGAACGACGUCCGAGUAGCAUGUAUGGCGCUCACGAAACCCAUAUUCCCUUUUGUCCGGCUUGCACGCCCAGCGUCUGCCAACGCGGUGAUACCACCUACCAAAGAGCUUUCGAUCCUCGCGACGCGCUUAAUAUCGCUCACGGAGAUACCGGGCUUCUUCAGCGAACAGCUAAUGCGGACGAUCCACGACCUCGCCGAACUCGUCUUCUACGCAGAAUCCGUCCGUGACGAAAACACAGCAUACCACGAAUUCAAUGAACAGCUAGACGAAUACUUCAACAACGAAGUGCUCUACGUCGAAUACUCGCUAAAUGCAGAUCGGUACACAGCGGCAGGCGAAGCAAAAGGCGACAACACAGUUGAAGGCUGCGUGCGACUCGCCAGCCUCCUCUUCCACAACAGUUGUAUCUGGCAAUUCUACCCGGUCAUGGCGGCGAUUUUCUCCCGACCCGUCGUGGCGCUGCGAGUCGCCGUGCAAUCCACCAUGGCUGCGGGCUGCUACAAUCUCUGCAAGGACCUGUUGAUCUGGAUAUUGUUCCUUGGCGCGCACGCCUGCGGUUCCUCCCUGCCCGUUGAACGGGAUUUCUUCGUCACGCAGCUCGCAGCCGUCAUGAAAGCACAGCGUAUCCACUCCUGGCAGGACCUAAGGGCGUUGCUGAUGGGGUUCUUUUACGUUGAUCGAUAUUAUCUCGUUCCUUCACGGGGGUUGUGGGAUGAGAUUCGGACGGUUCCGGUGCAUUAGUGGGGUUGUUCUUAUAUAUAUAUAUUAUACUAUAUAUGGCAUUUUAUGACAGGUGAAGGGUAGGGUAUGAAGGCAUCGGGGGAUUUCUGGUUUGUUUAUACUAACUAUAUAGUAGCAUGUGACAUUCUGUCUAUGAAUGCAUUGGCUUUGGCUGGAUCUGGAUUGGGUUUGUUUGGAAUGUAUUAGAUUGAAUCAAUCUAUAAGACUGUCACUAUAGGUAAAUCAAUCAUUGGGAUAUAUCAUGGAAAGUCGGGU